UCCCGAGGGCACUGGCGGGCGAGGGCGGGCGAGGGCGAGCCCUGGACCCGYGCGGCUCCGCCACCGGCUGACGCACGGUCGGAAAGUUGCGCUCCGAGCCCGUGUCGCCCGCUACGUUCUCCACGAGUACUCCUGCUGAGUUUGGACCGAGGCUUGGAGGACCCGGGCCCGGACCUGUGAGGGCAGCCGGCCCGGAUUCCUGGGCCGGGCGGGGAGCCGGCUCUGCCUUCCUCUCAGUGCCCAGCGCCGGUGGCGGCUCCGGGGCCCGACUCUCCGGGACCGCGGAGCAAACUUUGUGACUGUACGGGGACGCUGCGCGGUGACGAGGAGCCGCGGUCGCCGCAGAUUCUGAAAGUCACCUUCUGUGGGUUCCUGUGAGAGCAGAUGUUGGGGAGGUCUUCCACACUCCUCUGAAGAGGGAAGUCAACAGACAGCACCCAGCCGGGGGCUCUUGAAGGGAGCCGUCACGGGUACGCCUGCCUUGAUUACACACCAACGUUUCAGAAGGUGACCAUAAAAAAGUGAAGAAGUUACAUUUCUAAUAUGACACUUGGAAGUUAGUGACUGCUUACUACAUUUUCAUGAAAAUAAAAUAUGACUUAGAGGCUUCGAAGGCUUAUGAUGUCAUCGGUUUCAACAGAAAGCAAACUCCAGCAGGCUGUGAGUCUGCAGGGAGUUGACCCGGAAACAUGCAUGAUCGUAUUUAAGAACCACUGGGCACAGGUUGUGAAAAUCUUAGAGAAGCAUGACCCCUUGAAGAACACCCAGGCAAAAUAUGGGUCCAUCCCCCCGGACGAGGCCAGCGCCGUGCAGAACUAUGUAGAGCACAUGCUGUUCUUACUAAUUGAAGAGCAAGCCAAGGAUGCUGCCAUGGGGCCGAUUCUGGAAUUCGUGGUCUCUGAGAACAUCAUGGAGAAGCUUUUCCUGUGGAGCCUGAGACGGGAGUUUACGGAUGAGACUAAAAUGGAGCAGCUGAAGAUGUAUGAGAUGCUAGUCACCCAGUCGCACCAGCCCCUGCUGCACCACAAGCCCAUUCUGAAGCCUCUGAUGAUGCUGCUGAGCUCUUGUUCAGGCACGGCCACCCCUGCCGUGGAGGGGAAGCUGGUGGUCCUGCUCAAUCAGCUCUGCUGCAUCCUGGCCAAAGACCCGUCCAUCCUGGAACUCUUUUUCCACACCAGUGAGGACCAGGGGGCUGCCAACUUCCUCAUCUUCUCCCUUCUGAUCCCCUUCAUUCAUCGUGAGGGGACAGUAGGCCAACAAGCGCGGGAUGCUUUGCUCUUUAUCAUGUCCCUCUCUGCUGAGAACAGCGUGGUGGCCCACCACAUCGUGGAGAACACCUACUUUUGUCCAGUGCUUGCCACUGGGCUCAGCGGGCUCUACUCUUCCCUGCCCACCAAGCUGGAGGAGAAGGGCGAGGAAUGGCACUGCCUGCUGAAGGACGACUGGCUCCUGCUGCCGCCCCUCGUGCAGUUCAUGAACUCCCUGGAGUUCUGCAACGCCGUCAUCCAGGUGGCUCACCCCUUGAUUCGCAAUCAGCUUGUCAGUUACAUUUACAACGGAUUCCUGGUGCCCGUCUUGGCCCCUGCUCUCCACAAGGUGACUGUGGAGGAGGUCAUGACCACAACCGCCUACCUGGACCUUUUCCUGCGCAGCAUCUCCGAGCCAGCACUACUUGAGAUCUUCCUCCGGUUUAUCCUGUUGCACCAGCACGAGAAUGUCCACAUUCUAGACACUCUCACCAGCCGAAUCAACACCCCAUUUCGGCUCUGCGUGGUGUCCUUGGCGCUAUUCAGAACUCUCAUCGGUUUACAUUGUGAAGAUGUGAUGCUACAACUAGUUUUAAGGUAUCUGAUCCCCUGCAAUCACAUGAUGCUCAGUCAGAGGUGGGCCGUGAAGGAAAGAGACUGCUACUCCGUGUCUGCGGCCAAGCUUCUCGCCUUGACCCCUGUCUGCUGCGCCAGCGGGAUCACACUGACGCUUGGGAACCAAGAGAGGGAUUAUAUUCUGUGGUCAAAGUGGAUGCAUGAUGGCUCAGGGCCCGGGGAGCAUCCCCUGCCCGCCCCUGCGCCCGCGGCCUGCAUCGUGGAGUACGGCAAAGCCCUGGACGUCAGCUACCUGCAGUACCUGUGGGAGGCCCAUGCCAACAUCCUGCGCUGCAUGCGGGACUGCCGCGUCUGGUCGGCGCUCUACGACGGGGACUCCCCGGACCCCGACACCUUCCUGCAGAGCGCGGCCGAGGAGAGCGCCUGCCCGGCCGCCCACCUCGGGGCAGGGGGGCCCCAGCUGGCCGMAGCCAAGGACAGGGGCCAGACGGAGCUGGAGUGGGACGACAGCUACGACACGGGCAUCUCCUCGGGGGCUGACGUGGGCUCCCCGGGGCCUUACGACGAGGCGGAGACUUCCGGCCCCCCAGCCCCCGUCGACCCCCCGAAACACAUCCAGGAGAUGAAGCGGAACGCCAUCCAGCUCUUCAGAGGCCCCUACAUCGAGGAGUCGGACUUCCAGGACGACGUGAUGGUGUACCGGCUCUGUGCCCAGAAGGACGCCGAGGACGCCGCGGGGUCGCAGCAGCAGCCCGCGGGGCCCCCAGCCCAGGCCCAGCCCGAGGCGCAGCCGCCCCCAGUGAACAACGGCCCCCUGCCCGGCCCCCAGCCCGAUGCGGAGGAGGAAGAGCCGAGGGACAGCGCUGACCCCCUGCCAGACGCGUCCAAGGAGCCAGAGCAAGAGAGCCAGCCUGAAGUCGCCCCGGAGUCGGACUCGGGGUCAGCAGCCCCGGUCCCCGAGGCCGAGCACAGCCCCGACCCGGCCGAGGUCAGCCCCGGGAGCGAGGAUUUCAUGGCCCACUACGACCAGAUCAUCAGGGAGCUGGACUCGGGCCCCCAGAGCCUGAUGGACCAGCCUGAUGGAGCCGCGCCCGACCCCUUGCUUCUCACAAAGGGGCAUGAAGGAAGGGGAGAGGAGGGCCAAGGAGAAAAGGGGGAGGAGGAGGAAGAGCCGGAGAAGGACCUCGAGGAGGACGAGGAGGACUUCGACUCUUUCAUGGCCGAACCUCCUUCCCAGCCUGUGCGCUCCCCAUUUGGGUUGAGAGAGGAGACCACCUGUGCCAGGCCCCAAGCCGUGAGGACUCAGAGCACCCCGUUCACAGGCCCAUUCAUCAGCGUGGUCCUGUCAAAGCUGGAAAACAUGCUGGAGAACUCUCUGCAUGUUAAUUUGCUGCUUAUUGGGAUCAUCACGCAGCUAGCCAGCUACCCGCAGCCGCUCCUGCGCUCCUUCCUGCUCAACACCAACAUGGUCUUCCAGCCGAGCGUGCGCUCUCUCUAUCAGGUCCUUGCAUCUGUGAAAAACAAGAUUGAACAGUUUGCCUCGGUGGAGAGAGACUUCCCAGGCCUCCUCAUCCAGGCCCAGCAGUACCUGCUCUUCCGGGUGGACAUGUCUGAUAUGACCCCUGCCGCACUAACCAAAGACCCCAUUCAGGAGGCUGCCAGGACAGGAAGUGGCAAGAACUUUUUGGAUGGUCCCCCAAGAGUGCUUCAGCCCUUCCUGACCAACAGAGCCAAGGUGGUGGGGGCACCCCCAAACCUGCCCCUGCCCGUGAGGAACACCAUGCUGGCCGCCGCCCUCUUCCCCGAGUUCCUGAAGGAGCUCGCCGCCCUGGCCCAGGAACACUCCAUUCUGUGCUACAAGAUCCUGGGUGACUUCGAGGACUCAUGUUGUUAGCUUUUUAAAAAAUUGUUAUUUUAAUAGAGAUUCUUGUUUUAUAAGGUUAGAGUGUCUAGACUGAAUGUUCAAUGCAAAGCUGCUUACCAGAAACUUCUACUUUGAUAUUUCCUGACGAUACUUGAUUUGCGGGGAGGGGUCUUCUGGCCUCCUCCCUGGCUGGGUCGACCCCCUCACCUAUGGAAUGUGAGUCUCAUGAGCUGAUGGCUCCCUUGGCGGGUUUUCUUUGCUCAGUUUUCCUCCCACUUGGGGUUGUUAUUUCCCGUCCCUUGGAGUCAUGCUGUGUGCAGCUCAGAUGGAGCAAAGCAAAUAUUGGGGUUCUGUGAUCCCCAGAGGUGCCCUGUGGCAGAGGGCUGGCCCUGGGGCAGCACGUGAAGAAGGCACAGUUGCCACCCAUGGAUGCYCCUGCUGUCAGUGUUUGGCUUCCGUUUUAUAAAAGGGAAGAAUAAAGACAGAGCUCCUCUCACCUCCGUCACACGGCACGUCAUAUGUCCCUUUGCAUUUUACUUAGGACUUGUGUCCUCUCAACAUAUGUUGCCUUAUGGUGCAGGAAAACCCGUCUCAGCUGUCCGCCUGGGAAGUCACGUGUAGGUGGGGAGAAUUUGGAAUGCAGGGAAUUAUUUCUUGUUGCUUUUGUUGAUCGUCACGAUCACACCACCUGAACACGGACAAUAGCCUUACUUUAGUAAGAUUUGCACAGAAUGAAGUCUACCUAUGCAAACGGUGACCUUAGUUUCUAGGAGUUGGAGCAGAUGAAGAAAUGCAUCUCAUACCUUAUGCAGGAAGACAGCUGUCAUUGUUUUAUGAAAACAAAUGUUAACUUGUGAAGCUCUUCCAUAGUGGGAUUUUUUUUUAGGGGGGGGUUGGAGUUUGGAGUUGGGGAAGCAAAAAAUAAUGGUAAGCUUAAUAGAACCAUAAAGAUGCUGGUCAUUAUUUUGAAUUGUUUGCUUUUGCGAACGCAUUGCACUUUAUGGAUCUAAGUGGGCCCCGAGCAGCCUGCUUUGGGAGCUGGGAUGUAAAUGCACACAGGUCACAGGGAGCCCGCAAAGCCAAGCAUCUGCCUGGGACUCACUGCACAGAAAUGCUGGCUUGUGAGUAAGGGGCUUCGUGAUUGGUCCCCUGUGCUGCACUAGAGCUUCUUUCUGCUUCUCGCCCUACUGCAAGAGGCAYGAUUGUCCUCAGGGCCACGGCCACCCUGAGCCACCACCAAGAGGGAGAUGCACAGUAAUUGUGGGCUAAAAAUGAGAAAAUAUACAGCUGAUAUUUAUAGAGGUGAAAACCCACUCCCCUCUGCUGUGGGCCCAGUUCUACAGGAGAGAAGCAAAUAAGGAUGAGCCUCUCUGCCUGUUUGGAGGGAACUUGAAAGUCCUGACUCCCUUUGUUCCCUCAGGGGGUAUCUGCAGAGCCCUCAGGCAUCCACGGGCCCAGGGGUUGUGCCUCCAGAGCACCAAUUUGUCUUAAUCUGGCCCCUUACAGAAGGAAAAUGGAGGAGAGAGUCACUACAGAGCAGAGGGCACCCUUUUGUGUUACAGGGAUCCUGAAGCAGCUCUGAAUUGAAAGACAUGGCGAGGUGACCCAGGGAAGAAGACAUGAGGCCAUCUGGCCUGGGCUGGGAGAGCUGGUAGGCUCCGGGCUGGGAGUGUUUCAUAGUCUAAGCAAAACACAAAGUUAGUUGUUCAGGGCACAUCCUGACUUCACGUUUGCUGCUUUGAACGAUGGUUCUCUGGCUCCUGACGCCAAGUUGUGUUUUGUACAGCCCAAAAGUCUUCAUCAGGAAUGAAGGUGGAGAAGGAGGACCAGUUAAAGAUGGAAUUUAAGCUGUAACUUAUUACCCUUGAACUUUGUUUUGCGUGAGUAUUUAUCCGAUUAUUGGACUCUGCAGGUCACAUACUGCUGGAGCUACAUCUGGAAAUGGUAUUCUUGGCUUUUGGGUUUGGUACUCCUCUCUGCUGGUGGCAUUGACUCUUGAGUCUGUAUUUCAUUAUAGAACRCCACAGCCACCUCUGUGGAAGGUGCCCACUGGGAAAGAGAGUGACUUUGUGCCUUUUCAAAAUUUUUCCAGUAUGUACAGACUUACUUUAAAGGAGGACAGAGAUGACUGGAGCCUAGGGUGAGGGGCAGGAAAAUUAAACUUCUCAUGGAAACAAACUUACAUGAUGAGAUGCCUCCUCCCUUCCCUGUUUGCAGUUGGAAACUGGGAUGUGAAUCUGCUGCAGUUCUUCAGAUGGUUGUGUUCAGGGUUUUAUAAAGUUAAGUAAAAAAACUGACUGGGACAUAGAGCAUCAGAAAACCCAUGUGGCUGAGGGACAUAGCCAGGAAUAGGCUGUUCGGGGAACGGUGUAGACUGGUGGGAAGAAAAACGACAGAGGCCUGAGCCACGAACAAAGAGCAAGUCCUGAAAGAUGUUGAGAUGUGGACCUUGUUCUAGGAAGACAACAGAGAGCAGGCAGGUGAGGGGAGGAGCUUCUUGGUGGGAAAAAAUCAAAGCAGUGGAGUAGAAUAUUUCAGUUCUAAAUUAAACAGGUGAGGUCCUUAAAAUACUAUUUCUCUUUGGUACUGAGUUUUGGGAAAUUUUAGAUAGAUUUUAAAAUGUGGCCCAGGGGCAUGGGUCCUUUGCUGCGACAAGCCCCACAUCACUGCUUGUUGGAGAAAGAGUGGGCACAGCCCUUUGGAGCAGCCUGGCCURGCGUCACUGUGUCUAGCCCGAUGCCUGGGCAGGGACGGCAAGUCAGGGWUUCCUGGAACAGCACGACAUUAGCCUUAAUUCAUAAUUCAGGGUCUGACUUAAAGUUCUCAACCGAGUGAGUUUAUGAUUCAAAUUAUGUGAGACCACUGGGAUAUUUAAAAUUGAUUUUUGAAUAUGACCAGGUAAAUGUAAAAUUUUAAACAAAUUCCAGCUUAUGUUUAGGCUAAAACCCAGCUUCAUGGGGGUCAGUUAGAGUUUCCGGCCAUGAAGUGGAGGUGCUGGAGUUCACUAGAGCUGUGACUUUCUGUGUCACUAGAUACGUCCUUCCCCAGCACUUAGAGGCAUGGUGAAAUUAGACCCAUUUUGUUCAUCAUUGUGUUGGAAGAUACCUUAACUGGCUGAGGCUGGAAUUGUGUCACUGUUAGGAGGACACAUUGUGUACUUUCACAGGCCUCAGAGGUGGCUUCUGUGUAGGUCAGAUGUAGUGGAUUUUCUUUAAGGCAUCUGGGCUGGGGUGUCGGGAAUGCGUCCUCUUGUGAAGACAAUCUAGAAACAAGAUACGUGGCUGUUUCRGUUUCCCAUGUAAUUUGGGCAGCCAGUGGUUGGAAGCUGUCAUUGAUGUCUGCAUCCCCAUGGCUGCAGUGGUCAUGCGGGAUAUUUCCUGAUCUGUUGGAAGCUUAAGGCUGUGCAUGGACUGCCCAUUCUGGGUCAGUCUGUUGCUUUCAGCAGGGAAGCACUGCCCCAGGAGGGGUAGGACCCCUCACSGUGUGCUGUUAAAUCUGUCUAUGCUCCGGUUCUCUUCUAGGGGAAGUUCAAUUUGACUGCUAAUUACCAGCCCUCUAUUUACUGCAGUGGCUGUCAUGCCUGCCAUUUUUAUGAAACACCUUAUUGCAGGACAGCUAUUACUGCACGUGCUACUUAGAGUCACUGGCCCAGGCCAGUGUGACAUAUGGGUUGCUGUGAACCUCAGCCAGCUCUGAGGUCCUAUCUUUCCCUGAAGCAGUGGUCCUCUGGUACCUUAAGUCACAUCAGCUUUGAGUCAUUAAGAAGCCACCCUGGUCUCUUGCUUCAGCCUUCAGCCUGUAAAUCACAUGUGCUAAUUCCCCAUCAAAUAACAGCUUAAACAAUAUGUCCAACCAGUUUAGGCUUCACCCUUAAGUCAAAUCAGUGAGGGACAUUUUAAGAGAAUGGAGUUGACAAUCUUUAUUAUUAUUAUUCUUUUUGAAUGACCAUCAUAAACCUAAUGCUUCAGAAAAAGCUCUUGUAAGACAAAGAAUGGUUUUUGAGAUAAUUUUGCUUCAGUAAAUCCUCUCUGCGUUUAGGCAUUUAUUAGGUCACUACUUGUUUUGGAGCACAGAUUAUCCUGGCAGCUCAUUAACUGGAUAAACAGGGCUUUAGCACGAGAUUUUCAGAGAGGUUCCUUAGGGAAAAGAACCAGGACAAGGUGGGGGGAAGCCUUCAGAUCUUUAGCCUUUGCUCUCAGAACCUUCCGACUGAUGACUUUAGACAGGCCGACCUUUCCUAGCCUAGGGGUCGCURUGAGUUGCGUUCUUGCCUUAUGAGAUGGGGUAAACCUAACCGUCACCCACACCAGUCACAAGACCAGCACCAGGAUUCCGUCAGAUGAGUUCAAUAUGCAUUUUAGGCAUCUUUGGGGGAGCUCAGAUUUACUGUAUCACUUCAGAACCUGACAGAGGUGAUGGAAGCUCUUAGGCCAGAUUAUAAAUUUCAUGGAGCAGAGGUUGUGUGAGUCUAUGCACCUGACAUUUUAUUGGAAUAAGUAAGGCCCUCCUGUAAGAGGACUCUUGUCCUGCAGAUGUUUUUAAGGAGGGACUAUGGUGUCAGUGGUCUUCCUUAAAAUUUUGCCCAGCCAUCCGACUGAGGGAUGCCUCCCAACCCACUGACCCUCCCAAUCCAGGGUCAGCUCUGCUGACAAUCCACACAUGCAUUCCCUAAAACCUGCAGGAGCAGCCCAGCAGCCACCCCCGUGCUGCCGUUGGUAACGGGGAGAAAAGGUGCCUUCCACAUACAGUGGGCAUUUUUUCUCCCUGGUAGUCACUGUGUGGAGUCCUUGAAAUGAUGCAGCUGAAUU